UGGCCAUAGCGAGCACUGCACGCGUGUGUACCUACCAAGGUUAGUCAUUAACUAUCUCAUUUCAGCCCCUUGCGUGCGACCAAGGAGCCGGCUGUGGCCGUGUCGAGGCAUGCUGCUGCCCGGCCCGCACUUCUCACCAUGGAUGACCGCAACCACUGCCCGAAGGAGAGCGCUUUAUCCGCGGGGGACCACGUCACUGUGGUGUUCCAGAAAGUGGCAAGUCAUGGCGACAGCAGCAGCGCCGGUGGCGGCAGCGACGACGAGCACGACGGCCGAUGGCGCGACGGAACGGAGUGGGCAGAAAGGGCUCGUUUACGGGAUGCUGAGGAAGAGGCAGGCGGCGGAACUAAAUCAAUGGAGGAGGGCGGCCGGAGGGCAACUCUGUGCCCGCCGGCGUGCUGCGUCACCAGGGAGGCGGCAUCCAUUGACGACAAUGGAAAGCCAAAGAGAUGUCCCGGCAGGGGUUUGUUCUUCGCCUUCCUGUCCACAGUCUUCUUUUCCAUCAUCUCCCUGUUGGUGAAGUCUAUCCAGGGAGUGCACGCCAUCGAAAUCAGUGGCUUUCGCUGCUUCUUCCAGAUGCUCUUCAUCAUGCCGUUACUAAUCUACCACAAGACAGGCUUCCUGGGUCCGCGGGACAAACGUCCAUAUCUCUUCCUGCGGGGUUUCCUUGGCUCCAACGCCAUGAUCUUGCUCUUCUAUGCUGUGCAGCAGAUGCCGCUGGCUGAUGCGAUCGUCAUCAUGUUCAGUAAUCCAGUCUUCACCUCAUUGCUGGCUUGGAUAUUCCUGAAGGAGAAAUGUACGCUGUGGGACUGCGUCUUCACCGUCUUUACCCUCACGGGCGUCAUCCUCAUCGCCAGGCCGCCGUUUCUCUUUGGGAAGCAAUUCCAGGGAAUUGAGGGCAACUACGUGAACCACAUCAAGGGGACGAUCGCUGCCUUUGCAGGCGCAAUCGGUGCCGCCUGUACAAUGGUCAUCCUGCGCAAACUCGGAAAGAGCGUCCAUUACUACCUCUCCGUGUGGUACUACGCCGUCAUCGGUUUCAUCGAGUGCGUCAUCGCCGUCACCGUCCUCGGCGAAUGGAAGCUCCCCGACUGCGGCCACGACCGCUGGAUGCUGAUGCUGAUCGCCGUCCUGGGCAUCGCCGGCCAGACCUUCCUGACCAAGGCCCUGCAGGUGGAAAAGGCCGGCCCCGUGGCCCUGGUGAGGACCGUGGACGUCGUCCUCGCCUUCUUCUUCCAGUUCAUCUUCCUCGGCCGCGCGCCCACCAUGUUGAGCCUCGGGGGGGCUCUAUGCAUAGUGCUUAGCACCAGCGGCGUGGCCAUAAAGAAGUGGUGUCACAACUCACGCAGGAGCUGAAAGCGAAUAGUUAAGUAUAGCUGUUUAUUUAUCCUGUUACUCUUUUGAUCGGUUUUUUUUACCCUACAAAAGGUUAAAGAGAAACAUCUAAGAGUAAAAAACACGUCUUAGUGUAACUGACAUGAAGUACUUCUGUGUGCAAAAAAAACAACUGUUACCUGUGAACAUACUUCCUAUUUUAUAUUUGUUCUAAAGUGCAAUAGAGUUAAAUUAUUAAAAAUAAAACUUAAUAGUGGGAGCGGGCAACCUGUGGGGGCCAAAUAUGUUGCGCAAUAGCUUUUGGUCGCCGGCCACCAUGCUGUUAAAAGAACAACAACUUACGAACCAAAGAUCAUCCUUUUUGAGCCUGUUUUAAGUUAACCAAAGCCAGCAUUAGGACCAUCCACACUGUGUCCAAAAAGUCUUUAAUCAUUACAAAAUGUCUUAAAGGGAAACUGCAAUUUUUCUGGAAUUUUGCCUGUCGUCCAAAAUCCUUAUAUGAGACAAAAAUAAAAAAAAAUGGGUUUUUUUGCAUUCUAAUUUGUAAUAAUUGGUUCAUUCUCGGUGGCUUGCAAGCAGCUAAUUGGAGCUAGGGCUGGGUGAUAUUGCCUUUUAUUAAUAUCUUGAUAUUUUUUGGGCUAUGUCACAAAACACAAUAUAUAUCGCAAUAUUUUGCCUUAGCCUUGAAUGAACACUUGAUGCAUGUAAUCACACCAAUAUGAUGAGUCUAUGUGUCUACAUUAAAACAUUCUUCUUCAUACUGCAUUAAUAUAUGCUACUUUUAAACUUUCUUGCAGACAGGGAAAUCACAACCAAGUCAAUUGACCAAAACUGCAUUUAUUAAACAGUUAUUAAGCAGUGGCACAAACAUUCAUGUCAUUUCCAAAACAGAAAGUGCAAGAUUGUCAGAUAUUUUAAAACAAGCUAUUAGUGCACUUUUGUGCAUGAUGUCACUAAGAUGAUGUAUCAAAACAACACAAAAGUGCACAUUUGGUACAGAACGCCACUACAAUAGUUAAAAACAAAUAAAGUGCAAUUUUGUGCUUGAUGUCACACAAAAGAUUUCCAAAACUGUCAAAAAUUGUGGGAAUACAAGUAUGACGAUACAAAGCGCCAUUCAUAUAAAGCUCGCGGGCCGCACCAACAUUCAAUUUUCAUAUUGAGGUGCGGGCCGCAAAAUAACGUCUCGCGGGCCGCAAUUGGCCCGCGGGCUGCGUGUUUGAGACCCCUGCCCUUGAUGGACUGUUGUCCUCUAGCCAGGCGGGUAAGUUAUUUUCUAGUUUAUUUUGGGUUCGCACGGCGUGUACUGUAUGUCCGCAUAGUUUGGCUCCAAAUUCCACAUUUUCAGCGUCAAGUUACGCCGACCUCCCUGUCUCGGCUUACAUCCGCUCCAACGUUUCACCCUCUCUUCGCUUCUGUAAGGUGCAGUUCAUUCUCCGUAUACCAAAAAAGAUAAGGUUGUCAAUCCUCGUUUGUCCAAAAAUUGUAGCGUUUGUUUCCCGAUGUAUCAACUCGGAAGUGCCUUGCUAUGGGAACGGAAAUAAAUCCCGGUAGUGCUUAAGAUAACCGAAAUACGGUAAAUAUUCUGCAUAUCACGUUUUGUUAUAAAUGUGUCUGUUACGGUGGUACAGGGGUUAGUGCAUGUGCCUCACAAUACCAAGGUCCUGAGUUCAAUUCCUGGGCGUAAGAUUUUUCUGUGUGGGGUUUGCAUGUUCUCCCCGUGACUGUGUGGGUUCUCUUCGGGUACUCCGGCUUCCUCCCACCUCCAAAGUCAUGCACCUGGGGAUAGGUUGAUUGGCAACACUAAAUUGGCCCUAGUGUGUGAAUGUUGUCUGUCUAUCUGUGUUGGCCCUGUGAUGAGGUGGCGACUUGUCAAGGGCGUACCCCGCUUUCCGCUCAAAUGGAACUGGGAUAGGCUCCAGCACCCCUCGCAACCACGACAGGGACAAGUGGUUAAAAAAUGGAUGGAUGGAUAUUUUUUGCUACAUUAUAUAUAUAUACUUGCAGUGUGUAUACAACAGGUUAAUAGAGGGCUUUGAAGGCUACAGCUGUGACUCCCAUUAGAUGUAUUUUGCAAGCUUUUUUUUUUUAAUUUUAUGUAGAAUCCUUAAAAAAAAAAAUCAUAAUGAUUGUGAACGAUAGGCAAAAUGCCAAGAAAGUGUGCAGUUCCCUUUUUAAAAUGAUUUUUUGACAUGUCUUAAAUUGAUUACAAAACGUUUUUGUCUGAAGGACAAAGUGUUUACGUGACGCAAACAACCCCAGCUUACACACCAGCUGUAUUAGCACUUAAAUAUGACACCAAUGUGUCGUUUGACAAAUAGGGCAAAUUUACAAAGAAUUGUAAAAAAAAAAAAUUGUAUUCAUAUUUUUACCGGAAUGGGAAAAUGUCCCUCUAAAUGUUCCGAAAUCCUGUUUUAAACAGAAGACUCGUGCCAUAGGGUGGUGGACGCCGCCAAAGGUUCUCAUAUCUUACUAAAGCAGGGGUCGGCAACUUAAAAUGUUGAAAGAGCCAUAUUGGACCAAAAAUACAAAAACAAAUACCGUAUUUCCUUGAAUUGCCGCCGGGGCGCUAAUUAAUUUAAAACCUAUUUUCAUUCCUGCACUUACCAAAGGCAUGGGGUAAAACUAAGCAUGCGCUAAUUAUUUUAAAACCUCUUCUCACUCCGGCACUUACCAAAGGCAUGCAAUAACAAUUUGAGUGUGAUGUAAGCUUGGAUCUUAAAUCCUACUGAAUAUCUCUUAAUCUUCUUCCCUUUAUGUGAUUUCAAAUUACUGGUGUUGAAAUCAGCCUCCUCCAUUUUGAAAAUGAUGACAGGGGAAGUGUCACUCGUCACGAGUUUGACCAGGCGGUAAUACUAAGCAUGCGCUAAUUAUUUUGCGAAGCGAGUUUGACCCCGGCAGUAAUUCAAGGCAAGCACAUACUAUAUGCCCUGCGGCAGUUCAAGGAAAUACAGUAUGUCUGGAGCCGCAAAAAAUUAAAAGCCAUAUUACAUACAGAUAGUGUGUCAUGAGAUAUAAAUUGAAUUAAGAGGACUUAAAGGAAACCAAAUGAGCUCAAAUAUAUCUACAAAUGACACAUAAUGAUGCGAUAUGUACAUAUAGCUAGCCUAAAUAGCAUGUUAGCAUCGAUUAGCUUGCAGUCAUGCCGUGACCAAAUAUGUCUGAUUAUCACUCCACACAAGUCAAUAACGUCAACAAAACUCACCUUUGUGCAUUCAUGCACAAGGUUAAAAGUUUGGUGGACAAAACGAGACGGAAAAAUUAGUGGCAUAAAACACCUCUUAGAAAGUCGGAGAAAGUUGUACAUGUAAACAAACUACGGUGAGUUCAAGGACCGCCAAAAUUAGUAGGACAAAACGGCGCUCGCCAAAUACUCGAAUCAGUGAAGCAUGUUUAAUACAAACAGUGUGCUUUAUAACAAUCACGGAGGUUUGUGUCACGUUUGUCCCCCUACAGAAACUAUAUUAAAACAAAAAAUAUAUUUUUUCCCUCAUCUUUUUCCAUUUUUCAUACAUUUUUGAAAAAGCUCCACACAGCCACUAGGGCGGCGCUAAAGAGCCGCGGGUUGCCGACCCCCGUACAAGAGGAAUCAACAGCGCCUCCGCUGGUUGUAGCCUGGUAAUGCACUCAAUCAUCCUUCAACUUAUAAUCAAUAGAAUUGUCAACGAUUAAUCAAUAUCCCUCCCUGAUAUCAAUUAUUAGAACGUUUGUUACAUACAUAGUUCAGAUCAUGUAGAGUAGGAUUCUCUCGGGAAUCACUACAGAUAAUGACUGGAAAAAUGGAUUUAAUCGCAUCCUAAUAUUGUUUUUGUCUCUCUCUGGAGUAUGUCACAACUUAAAUAGCAAUUUUACUGUCAGUUGAUGAUUAAGUGCCUUUAGUGAACUCUUGUGUUUGAGGCAGCUGAGGACAGUAUUUGGGACAAAACGACCUAAAAGACUGUUCAGUUGUCCCCUGGGUCUUAACUCCCGGCCGAUGGGAGAGUUACAUUCGCUACUGUACAUCCUUUCAAUGACUGUCAUGUAAUCCUUGUGUAGGUUCUCUUCAAGUAGUGCACUACUCAUUAAUUAUGACGGGGUUACUUAUAUUUUCAUCCAGUAUAUAUUUCCAUUCUUUUUCAUGCACACACCAUAAUGAUGAUGCUAUGCUGAAAAGAAGUUAAAUUUAGACGUUUAUUUAGCCUUUUUUUUUUUUUAUGCUCCCAAAAAUAUUUAUUAUUAAAUGGUUUGAAAGUAGUGUGGAUUUUUUUUUUUUUUUAAGUUCUGAGAAGUAAAGACAUUUUUUAUUUUAGAACUUAUCAAGUAAUAUUUGAGGUAUAUACAUGGUGUAUAUAUGGGAAAUAUUUAUUGUCAUUUAUGACAUGGAUGAAUUCUGUAUAUGGAUUAUAUUUAGUUGAGUAAUAAAAAUGCUUCAGACGUCA